AUGGUAGAGAUACGAGAUGGAUGCCCUAAAGCUGAGGAUAUCCUUCACGUGUUACGUGACCGCGUGGCCUUAUUACCUGGUACAAGGGAUAGGAAUGGCCGGGCCGUAAUUGUCUUCCCAGCUCGUGAAAAUACUACAUCGAUUAAUUCCGAUUACAUCCGGAAUAUACUUAUUUAUCUCCAUGCUGUUACGGCAGAUGAUUACAAGGAUCGUGGAUUUACGAUCAUCAUCGAUAUGCGGAAAGGCACGACAUGGAAUAAUGUUAAACCUAUUCUCAAAUCUAUACAGGAGCAUUUUCCGGCGGAAGUGCAUGCUGUUUUGAUCAUUAAACCAGAUAAAUUCUGGGAGAAGCACAAAACAUCGGUGUCAAGUGGGAAAUAUAAAUUCGAUAUUCAAAUGAUUUCGGUUGAGGGACUUACGCGAUAUAUCGAUUCAUCACAGUUAACGCGUGAUUUAGGUGGUUCACUAUUUUAUGAUCAUGAUGAAUGGCUUGAAACAAGAAUGGAAUUGGAAAGGUUGAUAUGGCAAACAAUUGAGGUGAUGCAUAAUUUCGAAAAUUUUCGUGAAGAAAUGAAACAUGGUGAAAUGCCAAUUGAUGUUGCUACGGCCGAACGUGCCACAGCAGCACAUGUUAUGUUAAAGAAGAAAAUCUUAGGUGCACCAAUCGAAAGGAUUCAACACGAUGUUGAGCGAGUCCAACAGAGGAUAUCAGGUCUAGCACCCAAUGAUAGUUAUAAUUCAUCAAAUGUACUGCUAACAACUAAUCCAGACCUUGCUGCUGCCUUGCCCCAUCUUACGUCUCUUGUUAAUUCGCUGCGUACCUCAAAAGAUGAAGUUUUUGUACAGUGGGAAACACGUCGACAGAAGCUGGAUCAUUGCUAUCAACUCAAACUUUUUGAACAAGAUGCAGAUAAAAUGUUCGAUUGGAUUCGCAGUCAUUAUGCUUUAUCAACGCAACGACUCCUUGAAAUCGGUGAUUCUGAACAGUCAACUUCAAUGUUACUUACCGAGCAUCUUGAUUUCAUCGCAGCAGCCAAUAAUACUGAGGUUAAUGUAUCACACGUGAUGACUGUUGCCAAGCGUCUUCGUGAAAUUGGGAACUAUGGAAAAGUACAAAUUGAAAAUGUAGCAAUGCAUUUGGAUGAGGAAUGGCGACGAUUCAAACAAAUCAAUGAGCAGCGUUCUCGCCUUCUUGAUUUGGCGCUUUCUUUUCAUCAUAAAAGCCAUAUUUAUUUAUCAAACACACCAUCAUGGUUGCAUAGCAUUACAAUGGAUAAUGGUAGACGGAUGAGUCAAUAUUCUGGUGAUGAACUAGAGGCAGCAAUCGCCGAACACGAACGUUUUGGAGAGAUGUUCUUACAAACAUAUGCUGAAGUAAAACUGACAAGAUUUUUGAUGCAAUUUAAAGAAGAGUUAUCAGUAGGUACCUGUGAAGUCCCAUGA